AUGCAGCUGGGAUUGGCCUUUGUAGUUCUGGACUUGGCCGGAGGCCAACAUGCCACUGCUAUUGAAGCACGCAGCAGCAUUCGAAUACAUACCCUGCACGCUAUGGAGGAGGAGCUCAAUGCUUCAGUUUUUUAUCCUUCCAAGGCUGCGCCCGCUGCGAUUCGGGCGUCGAGCCCCCAGUGCUUAGGCCUCGACAAUAAAUGCCUCCAGGCUGCCCCCGCAGCCAUCGGCGCUUUCAGUUUCCAGCGCGUGCGGCGCCCGGCCGAGGAACCGCUUUCAGUGCUUGAGAUCUCCUUGCGCAGCCGUCCCUGA